AUGACAUUCCUCACCGAUGGUGAUAUUAUCUUCGACAAAAUCGGUGGAGUUCUCGAUGAUGCUCGUCUCCGUGACACCACACCUGGAGUUGUAGAUGAUGCAUUCAACACGUUCCUUAGUGAAAUUGGAGUAGGAAAGCAUGUUCCAAGAGCAAUAUUUGUUGAUCUUGAGCCAACUGUCAUUGAUGAAGUUAGAACAGGAACUUAUCGCCAACUCUUUCACCCUGAAAAACUUAUUUUGGAAAAGAAAAUGCUGUUAAUAACUUUUGUAAAUUUGUAUGCUCCUGCUGUUGUUCCACCAGAACUGCUCGUUGAAGGCCUUACACAAUAUGUUGAAGGAGCAAUUCUUUCAAACAAAAUCCUCCCCUCUUGUUGUUGA